CAUCACUCGCAGAGUUGUCAUGGCGUCUUUGGGACCGAAGCUACCCUUGCAAUUUAGCUAAAAUCUGUCGACCGCUUUUAUAUCAAAAAUGGAGAAAAAUGCAAACUUGCAUCGAGACGCUGACGGGAGCUCCUUGUGCGCCACGAUUGCGGGGCAAAUGGGCGAUGCAGCGCCCGUGGGUGGAGUGAGAGGAACAGCCGACAAAUGCAGGAGCAGUGAGGCUGCGCUCACUACUUUGGGCAGCGUUAGUUGUGAUGUCAGCACCGCCAAUGUGAGCAGUGUAAGCAAUGCUGUCUGCAGCUCCGAAGUUAUCCAAGUACUCCCCGUCCCGGAGGAUGGGAGGAGAGACGGGAGCGGGUCGUGGUCCGGGGAGCGGGUCAGUAACGGGAUGGUGCACGGCUCGGUGCAGGGUGGCGCCUCAAAGUUAGUAAACACCAACCCCGCCGGCCCCUGCAAGGACAGCCCCGGGGGGAAAAAACCCGAGCUCUCCACUUGUGGGGAAAGUGAGCCAACUAAAGUUGCCAAACCCGCCCAUGUACCUGCAGAGGUGGAGGUGGAGGUGGAGGUGGAGGUGGAGGUCCAGUCCAGAGAUCACACCUUAUUAUCGGCCAGCGGGAGCGACCCCGACCCCAGCCUCAGCAUCGAGUCUCUGGAGUCCUUCUCCAACCUCAACUCCUGCCCCAGCUCCGACCCCAACAGCGAGGGCUUGGAGGACCGGGGGCCGGCCGGGGGGCUGCAGGGGGACCGGGGGCCGGCCGGGGGGCUGCAGGGGGACCGGGGGCCGGCCGGGGGGCUGGCCGCGGCCCUGGCCCUGCAGGAGCAGGGAGCCGACGGCACCAAGACCUGCAGCAGCAAGGACCGGGCCGGCCAGUCCUUGUACCACAUCAAGUGGAUCAAGUGGAGGGAGGAGAACACACCCAUCAUCACGCAGAACGAGAACGGACCAUGUCCGUUACUGGCCAUCAUGAAUGUCCUGCUGCUGGCAUGGAAGGUUAAAAUGCCACCUAUGAUGGAAAUCAUAACUGCUGAGCAACUGAUGGAGUAUCUUGGUGACUACAUUCUGGAAACCAAGCCUAAAGAGAUAUCAGAGGCUCAGAGGCUAAACUACGAGCAGAACAUGAGUGAUGCCAUGGCAGUACUGCACAAGCUGCAGACGGGUCUGGACGUAAACGUGAAGUUCACUGGGGUGCGGGUCUUUGAGUACACCCCAGAAUGCAUUGUGUUUGAUCUGCUUGACAUCCCUCUUUACCAUGGCUGGCUUGUUGACCCGCAGAUGCAGGACAUUGUCAAGGCUGUUGGCAACUGCAGCUACAACCAGCUGGUAGAGAAGAUCAUAUUCUGCAAACAAUCAGACCGCAGCGAGCUGGCAGGAGAAGGCAUCGUAGCGGAGCAGUUUCUGAGCAGCACAGCCACCCAGCUGACAUACCACGGCUUGUGUGAGCUCACGUCCACUGUUCAGGAGGGAGAGCUCUGUGUCUUUUUCAGGAAUAACCACUUCAGCACCAUGAUCAAAUUCAAGGGCCAGCUCUACCUUCUGGUUACAGACCAGGGUUUCCUGACGGAGGAGAAGGUUGUCUGGGAGAGUCUGCACAACGUUGAUGGAGACGGAAACUUCUGUGACUCAGACUUCAGGUUGCGACCUCCUUCUGAUCCAGAGACGGUGUACCACGGCCAACAGGACCAGAUAGACCAGGACUAUCUGAUGGCGCUGUCGCUGCAGCAGGAGCAGCAAAGCCAAGACUUGCAGUGGGAGCAGCUGCCUGAAGGCAUCAGCGACCUGGAGCUGGCGAAGAAGCUGCAGGAAGAGGAGGACCGGCGUGCCUCCCAGUACUACCAGGAGCAGGAGCAGGAGCAGGCUGCAGCAGCAGUGCAGGGACAGGGCCAGCAGGAGCCCGGUGAGGGAGGUGAGGUGGACAGAGGAGGCGCAAGACCAAGGGCAGCAGCAGCUGGCGCCGGGACGGCCUCAGCAGCCGGAGCUACACCCAGCCCAGGAAAACAGUCAUCAGGCGGGGAAAGAAAAGCCAAGAAAGAGUUGAAAGAUAAAGACAAGUGUGUUAUUUUGUAACAUACAGCGUGUCAGUGUGCGUGUGUUUGUGUGCGUGCGUGCGUGCGUGUGCGUGUGCGUGCGUGUUCUGUGUAUUUGCUUAUCUGUGUGAAAGGAGACGGCAUUAGUUUUUCCUCGGACGACACACAACAUGCUGCCCCUACUCGAUGGCAAACAAGGGAAGGAUUGAGUAGAGACAUGACUAACGCAGGAUUGGCUGUUCCCACACCACUGGUGCCUGCUAUCCUCUAUCCUCAGUGAAACCUGGACAUCAGAGGAAGGGACACGACAUUAACUACCCCUUAUCUUUCAUAGAGUUAGGCCAAACUUUGUUACAGGUCGCACAGUGCACUAUAUUUGUGAUGUGGGGUUGAAUUUAUCUGAGGUGAGGUCUUUUAUAGGAAAAAUAGGGGUCACCUGAAGAAACAAAGUGUCAUCCAUUCACCAUUUAAAAGAGUUUUAUUAAUUUUUCACUUUUGCAGCUCAUAAGCUCUUGUGUUUUUGUUUAUAUUUAUUAAAAAAUAAUUAGAAAGAUCGACAUUUUGUGUUUAGCUGCUGAUGCCAAGAUUUUGUUUUGUUUAUUAGUGUAACAGGUAGCUUUUGGGAGGUUGUUUUUUUUUUUUUUGUAAGCUGAAAAGGGAUGUUUUUUUUGUCCUUGCCUGUGGGCAGUCAGUGUAACACCUCAUAAGUCACAUCUGAAACACCAUAAGGGUUAAAAGAUGCCAGAUAGCUGCCAGACACUGUAGCUCCGUGACAACGCUCACCGCAGCGCUCCCCGUUCAGAUUUGCCUUAGCAGAGUAACGCAGUUUUGUAUUCUGCUCCGUCUGACAGUGAACGCGAGCUCGUUUUCAUGUGUAUAACGUUCUUUACAUAAUACAGCGGUGUGUGGCGUCUCAUUUACUGAGCAUUACAGAUUUAACACGUUUCAGUUUGAAAAUGGCCAAAUAUUUUGUGCUUCUUUUUUUUUUUAAUGCCACAAAUUUUGGACAAGUAAUGUCUUUAUGUUGUGAUUCUUCACAAAAUCUCAAUUCGGGAAUUUUUUUUUGAUUUAUUAUUUUGUUUGAAUUUGUUUCGUAGACAUAAGAGUUUGUGGAUUAGAUUUGUGUUUGAUGGCACCCACUUUAAAGUUAACUGCAGUUAAGAAGGCACUUCUCACUCUCGUAGCCUCAUUUGGCAGCUUCCUCAAGAGAUGCUGUGUGUGUGCAAGAUAUUUUGAUCGUAGUUGUUCAGAAAGGUGAUGUGGUUAAACCUUAAAGCCAGGGCAUUCUGGGAUCCUGGAGAGUGUGGGGGUCGUGACCCUAAAACGAUGAACCGCUGCUGCUCCACAGCCAGGUUUCUGACAGAGUUCAAUAAGGUCAUUUAGCAUUUGUGGAUUUGAAAACACAAACCUGCAUCUAAUUUCAAACAUGUUACGUCAUGAUUGAGAUAUGAGCAUGAGUUUUAGCACAAGUUACAAGGCUGAGAACCAACUUGUAUCAUGCUUCCUCCACCUGGCCAGUGUCUGUUUUUUGUUGUGUUUUUUUAACUCUUUUUUUUUUUUGUGGAACUUUGCAUAGGAUCUCCUUUGAACUUCAUAGAGGAUUGAAUUGAUCUAAAAAAAAUGAUGAUAUUUCUGGGAAAUAAGACCUGAAAGUCAGAUUUUUCACAUGUUGAACAUGGUGAACUGGUCUGGGAGGUAAAGGAUGUGCAUUCUGAGCUCUGAAAUUCAUAGUAAUAGAUAAUCAUUCAGGCAUCAACUUGAAAGAUUGUGUUGGUUUUUGUUUUAUUUCAGUGCAGCAUUGAGCAUGCAAACACAUGAUGUAUAUAUUUAGCUACUGCAUUCUUAAAGUUGAUCUAGUUAGUGGUUUGUGCCAUUAUUACCAUGGGACUGCCUCCUGAGACACUUUUAUAUACAUUCCAGUUGGAUGCCUUGACUCAAGCCGUCUGUUGCAGGCUGUAGAGACAGUCGUCACAGAAGGUUUUUGCAGUGCUUGUAAAAUGGUCUCCUCUUUUUAUUUUUAUUUAUGUUUUUUGGUUGUUUUUUUUUUUGGUUUUUGUUCAGUGAGAACAAAUUCACUGUCGGGACAGGAUGAUUACAUGGAAGCUACCUACUGUGUGGGAAACCUUUCUUACGGGCUUUGUGUGAUGGCAGCAGGGUGAGCUCAGCAUUUGUUUGAGCCAAAGAAGGCUGUGUUUUGUGUAUAUAUCUGUAAAGCCUUACAACAUUUCAACAUUUUUAUACAACACAAGGAAACAGGCGUAAUAACAUAUUGAGACAAUCCAUACAGUUUUCCACAUAAGAACUACUCUCAGGCCUUUUUCAGAUGGACAUAUUCUUCUGUGUCUCUUCAGAUAAUCUGCUUUUUAAAGGCACACCUCCUCGGCCUGCAGUCACUUCCUCAGUCACGGCUUUUAAGUAGAUGUAUAUGUACACACACACAUACACACACACACACAAGUUUGAAAUUUACAGUAACACUAGGUUAUUUAAGACCCUCAUGUUUUGUGCUACACACUAACAAAGAUAAAAUGGGUGCCCCCAAUGAAAAAUAAAGAUCUCUUUGGACAGCAAGAAGAAAUGUUCUCAGUCAUAUGCACUUUUCAGUUUCAUAGCAGCUUGUUAUCUAAAUAUACAACUUUAAAUUAUAAUAUUAAAUCCAGGGGUAAAAGCAAGAAGCUCAGAGAAGGUGAUUGAUCAACACUGUUUUUUUUUUUUUUUUUUUUAAACCUCAUCUAUGUUUCAACCCAUUAAAUGUUGAUCAAUCAUUCCAGUACAAGUUUAACAAUGAAAAUUCAUCCAUGGAAGUUUUCUGUUGGUUUGUAUCUGUAUAAGUGAAAAGAGUUUUUGAGUGAGAUGACCCUUGUUGUUAUCAUUUUUAUUAUAAUUAUUAUUAUUUCAAAAGUAUCCCAGUCAAUAUGACCAGAAUCUCAUAUUUUUGUUGUAAUGGUCACUUCACCCCAGGCUCCUAUGAUGAAAUGUUCAGAAGGACGUUGUGUGUUUGGUGUCUCAAAGUGGUUUCUUGUAUGCCUUGUAAAAGUGACGGUGGAGUAAAUGCUGUAUAAUUAGUAUUUUGACAAGGUGACCGUUAAACAUAUAGUUGUUGUAAUUGGUUUUGCACUGUUACAUUGAUAUGCACUAACAGAAAAGAAACAUACCUCAUUUUCUACAAAACAUAAAUUGUGCAAGAGCGCUUUUCCUUUUUUUUUUGGGAUGGGGGGCUACCUUUUUUCUUUUCUUUUAAAUGACUAUUAUGGUCAAAAUCAUUUUCAUGUUGGUUUCUGCUGCUCAGAAGUCAGCUAAGAAUAGUUUGAAAAAGUGUAAAAGGGCUUUUCAAAUGCUUUGACUCCAAAUGAAAGGCUUAAUUUGUUGAAGGGUACCAAAUCAAUAGAGCUUGCUGCAAUUUAUUAUACUACUCAGGUUAGUAGUACACCUAUAGCUGUCUAAAGGCCCCCAGUACAGAGGGGUGUGUUGCAGUACUCAGCUCGUAGAUAGAAGAAUUUAAAGACAUUUUUUUGUAAAGAGGCAAACAUGUUUAGUCAAAUCUGAUGCCCGAUCCCAUCAGAAAAAAACGUAGGUGCCCUUCUAAUUUAUGUUGUCAUUUUUCAUCACUAAAACUGCAUAAUAUUCCCAAAUGGGAGUGAGAAUUUCAUAAAAAGGGUAAGGUUUAUUUAACAGAGGGAACCAUUCACUCUUGUUGUAGGAGACAUCCAGAGCUGAACCAUCCAAAGGGCAAUCUUUUCUUUAAUGCAAUAUCAAACCCCCAGAUUUGUCUUUUGAAGCAUGUGUAAACUAUGGAAAGGAACGUUCGGCACAAUAAAAAUUUUACUAUCUACUACCCCAGGAAUAUAAUUUUACAUUGUACGACGUGUUUAUAUUUCAGACAAGCAGGAGGAACAUGUUUGUGAAUAUGGUAGGUUACUUAUUUGUGUUGACAUCAUUGUUUAUCUAUUUACUUAAAUGACCAAAUAAUGUAUGUAGCCUUUCACAUUGUAGUCACAUAUUGUAUAAAGUGAUUAUAUAAUAUAAAUAUAUAUAAAGCAAAAUGCCUUAUAAACAAGGGAUAUUCAACCUGAUUAGAAAUGACC